AUGUACUCUUCGCGUCGCUCCGAGUCUAACGUGUCGGGCGUGGGCGACUUGCUGGCCUCGUCGGCCUCGUCGACCUCAGCACGGGCUGACCGGGCUGACCGGGCUGACCGUGGUGACCGUGGUGACCAGGCUGGUUCUGGGCAGCAAGCCAAGUACAUGUCGUCGCCCUCGGGCUCGUCGGACUGUGGUCAGGAUGGUGUGCUUCUGGAAGAGGUCAAGCGCUCGCGGUCGCGGGCCGGACGGUCGUACAACGACGGUCCGCGGUCUCGCCGCUCGCGCUCCCGCCAGCCAUCGAACGCUCAGCCGCCGUCCUCUGGCCCGCCGCGGGGGCGGCGGCGGCGCUCGCGCUCACUCAAGCCACAGGCGCUGACAAGCGUUGGCGCAGGGCCGUCGAGCAAGCGGGCAAAGACUUCGCGUGAUUCGUCGGGCCGCUCGUCACCCACGCCUCCCGAUGACAAUGGGAUUGGCGCUGCGUCUACACGCGGCCGAAUCGUGGAAGACACAGAUGCCGACGCCGGCGCCGGCCGCAGCAGCUUGGGUGUCUUGGGCGAGGGCGGAAGAGGCUCGGCCGACAGCGCCGCGGCGGAUGAGCGGGCAGCGACGGCGACGCUCGCGCCCGCCGAUGGCGAUGGCGACGGCGACGGCGACGACGAGACCCGGUUCCCGUUUCCCAAGUGUUCAGACCCGGGGCUCCUUGUGGAAGUCCUCAUCUACAUGGCCUUUCUCAUUGUGUUCUCGUUGGUGGUCUUCAACAUGCGCGACCCGUUGUACUCGUUCCUCCACAAUGACAACAUGAAGGAUCUGUUUCUCGACGAGGAGUUUCCGGGCAUCGACGUGCUGAAGACGUUCCGCGACGUGGCGACCAAGGAAGAGUUCUGGCAGUUUUUGCAUGGCCCAUUCAUCAAUGGCUUGCUCGGCGACUUUGGCGCCGGCGAGGGUGUCAUCUACGGCGUCAACUGGCUCGUCGGCUCGGCGCGGAUGCGGCAAGUCCGUGUCAAGCCCGCGCUGUGCGACGUUCACGCCGACUUUUUCCCGCUCAUCACCCAGUGCUACGGCCGGUACGCGAUCGGCGAGGAGGACCGCGAGCCGUACGGGCCCGGCGACGCAUGGACAUACCGCUCGUGCGGCGAGCUCGGUUCGGUCUGCAAGCAGUACGCGCGUCUGCGGCGGUACGACGGCGGCGGAUAUACGCAGGACUUUGGCGCUGGCACUCUAGCGACCGAGUCAGCUCGGCUGGCGGCGCUUGAGGCCGACAACUGGGUCGACUUGCAGACGCGGGCCGUCUUUAUUGACUUUACCACCUACAACCCGACGGUCAACUUGUUUCUGGUGGCGCAGCUCCAGUUUGAGUUUAUGCCCUCUGGCGGCGUGUAUCCCGACUUUAAGUUCCGGGUCCUCCGCCUCUAUCGGUACGAGGGCACCAACGGGACGCUGCAGCUUGUGGGCGAGCUCGCGAUUGCCAUCUUUGUCUGUCUGUUCUUCCUUGAGGAGCUGGUGCAGAUGUGCGUGUCGUGUCUCCGCUCGCGGCGGGUCCGGGCGCUGCGGGCGCAGGGCAUUCUGGUAGAGUCGCGCCAGACGCCGUACUUUCGCGACGCGUGGAACUACGUGGACCACCUCAACAUUGUCUUCUUCCUCGUCGUCUUUUACUGCCGGUACAAGGUCGACGCGAACUUUGACGCGCUCAACUUGGUGCCGUCGGACCGGUCGACCUAUUUUGACUUUACGCGGCCGGUCAUGUGGGACGCGGCCGAGAAGUCGCUUCUUGCUUGUAACGCCUUCCUCCUCUGGUUCAAAGUCUUCAAGUUUGCCGUCUUUGCGCCGCGAAUGGGCAUGAUUGCCAAGGUUGUGGGCAAGGCCUUUCUCCCGCUCUUUUUCUUCAUCUUUAUGUUCAUGUUUGUCCUCUUUGGCUUUGCCCAGGCUGGCGCGCUCGCCUUUGGCUCGGACGUCGAGGGCUACGAUACGCUCGGGACAACCAUCUUUACCAUGCUCCUCGCCACGCUCGGCGAGUUUGACUUUGAGGGCCUUCGCCACUCCAACCGCGGCUUUGGUCCGUUCUUCUUUUUCACCUUUAUCAUCCUCAUCUUUUUCAUUGUCCUCUCCAUGUUCCUCGCCAUUGUCGACAACGCGUACGACGAGGUCUCGGAAGAGCUCCGGCGCUCGCAGGAGCCGUCGGUCUUUGCCAAGGCGCUCGCCUGGUUCUCGACGACCAAGGUCGGCUCGCGGAUGGCGUCGUUCCUCGAGCUGCAGGAUAAGCUGACCGAGAUUCGCCGGGCCAUCGAGAUCGGCGACCUCAACCACGACGGCAAGAUCUCGAAGAAGGAACUGCAGAUCAUCAUGGACUCGAAGCGCGAGUACUUUGAGGGCACUGCCGCCGACCUGAUGGAGCGCUAUGACGUCGACAACGACAACAUGCUCUCCGAGGCCGAGCGCGCCCGGUUCUAUGCCGACAUGGAGCGCGAGCAGACGGCCAUCGCUUCUAAGAUCGUCUCGCUCCGCGAGGCCAACUCGGAAGAGUUUACCCUCCUCUUUGACCUUCUCUCCGACCGCAUCUCCACCGUAGAGUCGCGCCUGGCUGUCCAGCUGGCCCUGCUGGAGGCGCGGGUCAAGGAGGAGGCCCAGCGGCUCGGCCGUGCCCGUCUCGGCUCCAGCCGCCCGUAGCGGAUCACCCAACUCUGAUGACAAGCCGCUGCAGCAGCUCGGGCGUGACUGCUCGCUCAUACGCCGCAAGCAGUCGCAGCCCGCGAUUGUUGAUGGGAGUUUGCUCCAGGAGCUCGCCGAGUGUGGUCACGACAAAGCCAAACUUGACUCGCAUGCCCGGGUCCGGCGUCCAUGGCGCCGGCGGGAGCUCACCGGCAUCGCCAACCUGGAUGUCCGGAAGUGAGAGCCGGGUGCCAGCGUUGCCGGCCCACAGCCGCCACUCGCCGGCGAGCGAGCCAACGCCGACGAGCACGGCCUGAAACAUGAGGCUCAGCGCCCGCUCAGCAGUCAUGCUCGCCAGCGCGUUGCUGCGGGUUAUGCCGAGCCCAUGCGCGGCCGUGACCGUCGCCUUCAGCGCGGCGGCGGCGGCGGCGUCGUCGACGCCGGCCACCGCGGCCAGCGCCGUGAGACAGAGCUCGUCGAGCGGAUCCGGCGGCGCCAGUCGCAUCCACCCGUCCAGGCGUGGGAGAAGUGGCUCGCUCGGGUGCCAGGUGAGCGUGACCGGGCAGAGGAACUCGGUCGGCUGGUAGCCCAUCUUGUAUGCCAUCCGCUCGUUGCCGGGCACAUAGUACACCAUGUAGUAGUAGCUUGCCACGUCCGGGUGGCCUACCACCCACUCGAUCUCCUGCAGCACCGAGUACACGCCGAGCUUGAGAAAGGCAAGAUCCGGGUCGUACAUGCAGUAGUUGGAGACGAGCGCGCCGGGCACGAUGUCAACCGCGC